AUGUUUGGUUUAUCAUCACCAAAAGCAAUGUAUCAUUUUAGAUUUAAGAUAAGAUCUGAAGGUGUACGGUCAAUUUAUGAUAUAAUAUACACAAAAUUUACUGCAUUAGCAAAAUUAAUAAAUGGACCAUUGAGAAUUGGGUUAUUAAUGGUAAAUGAUGCCCAUACUAGAUUAAGUGAAGAAACUAGAUCAUUAGGACAUAACUUUCAAUGUAAAAAUACAAGUGAAUUAUUUAAAUGUCAUGAAGAUUCUGUAAAUAUACAAGCUCUUUCCCGAAUAGUUGAUGAUUUUCAAAGAAACUUUGAACGAGAACGUGGUAGUAUGUUACAAUUGGUAAGAUUUAUGUAUAGUUGUCAACCAGCAUCAUCUAAUUUUGCUGUUAAUAAAAAGAAAAAAGCUGAAAGUACAAAAAUUUUGUCUGUUAAUUAUCCUCUUGAUUAUAAUGGAAUGGUUGAUUAUUUAGUUACUGAUAGAAUUCAACCAAAACAUCCUGAAUCAGCAUUAAAAAGAUUGUUAGUUGAUUGUGGUUUACCAGAAUAUUUAGAUGGUGAUGGAAUAGAUGAAUUUAUUAAUACAUGUUUUUUACAAAAUUAUAGACAAGCAAAAAUGAAUGAAUAUAUAUCAUUAAAUAAAAAAAAUGAAAUUAUUAGAGAAGAUGAGGAAUUAAAAUUUGUUGAUGAAAUGUAUUGUGAAAUGCAUGGUAUUGAUAAGGAUAUUUAUAAAGCAGCAUUGAAAAAAAUGGCAACAAUUCCUGAAGGUAUUAGAACAAUAUUUGGUAUUUUAGAUAAAAAAACGGAAGUAUAUUUAAAAAAUGGUAUUGUUGAAGGAAAUUUUUGUAAAUUAUAUAACAUUGAACUUGCUCAUCCAGUUGAACAUGACAAAUUUUUGAUUUUUCCUAAUGGUAGAAUGAUAAAAGAAUUUGAUAUUGAUGGAAAUAUAACUAGAUGUUCGAUUGAUGCACAAAGUACAUAUGUUUUGCAUUAUUUAGUAUUUAGAAAAAGUCUUGGUACAGUUUCAUGGAAUUCUGUUGAUUCUGAUGGUACAAUAAAAGUUAUAAGACAAAUAGGUGUACCUAAUAUACCAUCUGAUGAAAUGUCAUCUGAAACUGAAAAACAACUUACAGUUUUAACUACCGGUUUAGAAACAAGAGCUAAAAAAUCAAUAGUGGAUUGUGGUGUUAAUGAAAAUUGUAGUAUUGUUGGACUUAUUAAGUUAACCGAGGGUUCUAAUCCAGAUUUAAAUUAUCCAUUUAUACUAGAUCCAAAUUAUGGUGAAGUGUAUAUUGAAAAUAACCUUGAUGAUUACUUUGUUGCAGAUAAGAUUUUGAUUCAUAAUCAUUUUAAUAUUGCUGGUACAAUUUCUAGAGAUAAUAACAAAAUUAUGUGUUUCAAGAUAUCAUCUCAAAAGAUUGAGAAAAUUUAUAAGCUUUUUAAUUUAUAA